GUCCAGAAAUUCAACUCUGUGGCCAUGAGCUGAUUACUUCCUAUUUGGAAGUACAAGAGUGGACCUCAUUGACUCGGAGGGCAGCAUGUGGUGACUGCAGCUGAUAGUUAUUGAGCACUUUUGUGGGCCAGAGCUCAGUGCUCAUCAUAAAGGUCUGACUCCUCACCUGCAUCCCAUUUUACAGAUGAGGAAACUGAGGCCCAGUGGGGACCACCUGCCUCUCCUCACAAGAGAUCUACUGUAGUGGUUAAAAGCUAGAAUCCUGGAGCUGCUCUGUUUGGGUUGAAUCCCCAACCCACCACUUUAUUCCUGUGCAACCUUUCUAGCCUGUGACUUCUCUGUUCAACUUGUCUUCUGUAAAAUAGGAAUAAAAGUUCCUACUUGAGAGGGUAGCUGUGAGGGUUAGGAGAGAGAAUUCCUAUAACAUAGGAAUUCUGCAUAAUGAGCAUUCUGUUGUUGUUAUUAGCCAAAGCCAUUCUGUUGUGCUUCCAGAGCUGGUGGGAGGAGUCCAGGGACAAUGUUUAAUUAUUAAGCCACAUUGCCUCUUUGAGCUAGCGUCCCAUCAGCACAGGCAGAGGAGCCCACCUUUGGACUGUGAGGUUGUGAAUGAAGCAGCCAGGUGCUCACUUAGGGCAGGGGAUGCUGUGGGCACAGAUCCAGCCCUGGCUCUGUCACUGAACAGGUGGUGGGUGCCUGAAACCCAAGUCACAGGAGUAACAGGCGGGCGCCUUUGUUACCUUUGAGCUUUCUCUUAAGCCCAUUCAGAUUCCUCAGACCACGUGUCUGAUGAGUAAGGAGUCCUUUUCUUUCCCUCCCCCAAAGGGACUGUUGGCAAAAUAGCCCUCUUUGGGAAUGCGCCUUUUCACGAAGACCAGGCAUCUCUUGGGGAACUCCGGUGGCCAGCGUGUGCUCACAGCUACUGAAUAAGUCGCUGUUAGGAGCUGGCACGGCAGGUUCCCGUUUCCGCAUUCCAGACACCCACAGCGGCUGGGGGGAGGCACCACCCGAGGUUGCCUGGAGAGCUUAGGCAGGUGGCCUUCACCUUGGGAAGACCUGGGACAGGAGCACACCUGGGGCUAAGCCGACAGUCACCUGCCUGCUUUGUGAUCAGAGCUGUGUCCUGGGCGUCUUUUAGGUGCACAGUCUUUGCCGCCGGCUCUCCCGGGACCCUCGAGGAGCACUAGUGUCCGGAAGGUGCUAAGGCAUGGCGGGGACGACGCCCUUGCCGCCCGCUGGCCGGCGCCUGCGACCGCCGCUUGCUCUGCCCUGCUGAGCGCCCAGCCUGCAGCCCCCGGGACAGCACCUGCCUCCGAGGUUGUCCUGGCCCGGCUGCGCACAGCGAUGGUGGAGAACUGGACUCCACAGGCUCACGACCUUCCCGUCAGGUUUCAGGGACCAGCAUCCUUCAUCCGGGGACUGGCGGCCCUGAACAAUGGCUGAGGGCCAGGGGACCCCAUAGGGUUGCACCGCAGCUUCCGGGGGCCAGCAGCACUCCAGUGCCCGUGGACUAUGACCGCCUAUCGGCCCAUCCCCCCUGAUGGCGUGGACCUGGCAGCCAGCUGUGGGGCCAGGGGGGCCGACGUCCUCCCGGGGCCACACACCGGGGAUUAUGCUCCCGUGGGAUUCUGGGCCCAGAAUGGCAGCAUGUCCCAGCCUCUUGGGGAGAGCCCGGCCACGGCCACCACCCGCCCCAGCCCCACCACCCCUGCAAUGCCCAAGAUGGGCGUGCGCGCGAGAGUGGCCGACUGGCCGCCCAAGCGGGAGGCCCUGAGGGAGCAGAGCAACCCGAGCCCCUCACAGGACACAGAUGGCACAAAGGCCACCAAGGUGGCUCAUUCCAUGAGGAGCGUACAGAAUGGACAGCUCCCCGCCAGCACCUCGGCUUCCUCAGGGUCCAAAGCCUUCCAGCGACUCUCCAGGAGAAGGUCCAAAGACGUGGAAUUCCAGGACGGGUGGCCCCGGUCCCCGGGCAGGGCCUUCCUCCCCCUGCAGCACCGCAGCAGCAGCGAGAUCACCCUCAGCGAGUGUGACGUGGAGGACGCGGGCGAGCCCCGGGGAGCCCGGCACACGGGGGCGUUGCCCCUCUUCCGCGAGUACGGGAGCACCUCCUCCAUCGACGUGCAGGGCGUGCCCGAGCAGAGCUUCUUUGACAUCCUCAACGAGUUCCGCAGCGAGCAGCCCGAGGCCCGGGGCUCCCAGAGCCUCGCCGAGCUCCUGCGGGCAGACCCCGGCCCACACCCCGUCGGGGGCGGCAGCGGAGCCAAGGGGGACCUCCGCAAUGGGCAGCCCUCGAAGGACAGUCUGCUGCCACUGCAGCCCAUGAAGGAGAAGGACAAGGCCCGGAAGAAACCCGUGCGGGGCCUGGCCGGUGGGGACACGGUGGACUCGUCCAUCUUCCGGAAGCUGAGGAGCAGUAAACCGGACGGGGAGGCCGGGCGGUCCCCGGGGGAGGCGGAAGAGGGUCGGAGCCCCCCAGAAGCCAGCAGGCCGUGGGUCUGUCAGAAGAGCUUUGCCCAUUUCGACGUGCAGAGCAUGCUGUUCGACCUCAACGAGGCGGCCGCCAACAGGGUGUCUGUGGCCCAGCGGCGGAACACCACCACGGGCGCCUCGGCCGCCUCGGCCAUGGCGUCCCUCACCGCGUCACGGGCCCACAGCCUGGGGGCCCUGGACCCAGCCUUCACCAGCACCGAGGAUUUGAACUGCAAGGAGAACCUGGAGCAGGACCUUGGCGACGACAAUAGCAACGACCUGUUGCUCAGCUGCCCGCAUUUCCGCAACGAGAUCGGAGGCGAGUGUGAGCGCAACGUGAGCUUCUCCCGGGCUUCCGCGGGCUCCCCGAGCGGCGGCGAGGGCCACCCGGCGGAGCCCGCCCUGAGCGCCUACCGCACCAACGCCAGCAUCUCAGUGCUGGAGGUGCCCAAGGAGCAGCAGAGGACUCAGAGCCGGCCCCGGCAGUACAGCAUCGAGCACGUGGACCUGGGCGCCCGCUACUACCAGGACCACUUCGUGGGCAAAGAACAUGCCAAUUACUUUGGCGUGGAUGAGAAGCUGGGGCCAGUGGCUGUGAGCAUCAAGCGGGAGAAACUGGAAGACCACAAGGACCACGGGCCUCAGUACCAGUACAGGAUCAUCUUCCGGACCCGAGAGCUCAUCACCCUGCGGGGCUCCAUCCUGGAAGAUGCCACGCCCACCGCCAUGAAGCAUGGGACCGGGCGGGGCCUCCCCCUGAAGGAUGCCCUGGAGUAUGUCAUCCCCGAGCUCAACAUCCACUGCCUGCGGCUGGCCCUCAACACCCCCAAGGUGACGGAGCAGCUGCUGAAGCUCGAUGAGCAAGGGCUCUGCCGGAAGCACAAGGUGGGCAUCCUCUACUGCAAGGCUGGCCAGAGCUCGGAGGAGGAGAUGUACAACAACGAGGAGGCCGGCCCAGCCUUCGAGGAGUUCCUCUCCCUCAUCGGCGAGAAGGUCUGCCUGAAGGGGUUCACCAAGUACGCCGCCCAGCUGGACGUCAAGACCGACUCCACGGGCACCCACUCGCUCUACACCACGUACCAGGACUACGAGAUCAUGUUCCACGUCUCCACCCUGCUCCCCUACACCCCCAACAACAGACAGCAGCUGCUGAGGAAGAGGCACAUAGGAAACGACAUCGUGACGAUCAUCUUCCAGGAGCCCGGAGCACUACCCUUCACCCCCAAGAACAUCCGCUCCCACUUCCAGCACGUCUUCAUCAUCGUCCGCGUCCACAACCCCUGCACCGACAACGUCUGCUACAGCAUGGCCGUGACCCGAUCCAAAGACGCGCCUCCCUUCGGGCCCCCCAUCCCCAGUGGAACCACGUUCCGCAAAUCCGACGUCUUCAGAGACUUCUUGCUGGCCAAGGCGAUUAACGCGGAGAACGCCGCGCACAAGUCGGACAAGUUCCACACCAUGGCCACCAGGACCCGCCAGGAGUACCUCAAGGACCUGGCUGAAAACUGUGUCUCCAACACCCCCAUCGACUCCACCGGCAAGUUCAACCUCAUCUCGCUGACCUCCAAGAAGAAGGAGAAGACAAAAGCGCGGGCAGGCGCCGAGCAGCACAGCUCGGGGGCCAUCGCCUGGAGGGUGGCGGCCCAGGACUACGCCCAGGGGGUCGAAAUCGACUGCAUUCUGGGGAUUUCCAACGAGUUUGUGGUGCUCCUGGACCUGCGCACCAAGCAGGUGGUGUUCAACUGCUACUGCGGGGACGUCAUCGGCUGGACCCCGGACGCCUCGACACUCAAAAUCUUCUAUGGGCGAGGGGACCACAUCUUCCUGCAGGCCACGGAGGGCUCUGUGGAGGACAUAAGGGAGAUCGUGCAGAGACUGAAGGUGAUGACCAACGGCUGGGAGACGGUGGACAUGACCCUGCGGCGGAACGGGCUCGGGCAGCUGGGCUUCCACGUGAAGUACGACGGGACGGUGGCCGAGGUGGAGGACUACGGGUUCGCCUGGCAGGCUGGCCUCCGGCAGGGCAGCCGGCUGGUGGAGAUCUGCAAGGUGGCCGUGGUCACACUGACCCACGACCAGAUGAUCGAUCUGCUGCGCACCUCAGUCACCGUGAAGGUGGUCAUCAUCCCCCCUUUCGAGGAUGGCACGCCCCGGAGGGGGUGGCCAGAGACCUAUGACAUGAAUACCUCGGAGCCCAAGAGCGAGCAGGACAGCGUCACACCCGGGGGCCGGCCCCCCUACCGCAGCAAUGCUCCCUGGCAGUGGAGCGGGCCCGCGUCCCAUAACUCUCUACCAGCCUCCAAGUGGGUCGCGCCGGCCACCCCUGGCCAUGCCCAGUCCCUGAGCCGGCCCCCAAAGCAGGCCCCCAUGGUCCCCUUCCGGGAGUCCCAGCCACUGCACAGCAAGAGGCCUGUCAGCUUCCCAGAAACCCCUUACACAGCAUCACCAGCAGGGGCCGACAGAGUCCCUCCCUACCGGCAGCCUUCUGGGAGCUUCUCCACCCCCGGCUCGGCCACCUACGCGAGAUACAAGCCAUCCCCAGAAAGGUACACGGCCGCCCCGCACCCACUGCUGUCUUUCGAUCCCCACUUCGGCCACGAUGGAACUUCCAGCGGCGACUCCUCCUCAGGAGGCCUGACCAGCCAGGAGAGCACCAUGGAGCGCCAGAAGCCAGAGCCUCUGUGGCAUGUGCCCGCCCAGGCCAGGCUCUCGGCCAUGGCUGGGAGCAGCGGAAGCAAGCACACCUCCAGGCAGGACGCGGCAGGCAAAGACUCCCCCAACAGGCAUUCCAAAGGAGAACCUCAGUACUCAAGUCAUUCCAGCAGCAACACGCUCUCCAGCAACGCCUCCAGCAGCCACAGCGACGAUCGCUGGUUCGACCCCCUGGACCCCCUGGAGCCAGAGCAAGACCCCCUCUCCAAGGGUGGCUCCAGUGACAGUGGCAUUGACACCACCCUCUACACCUCCAGCCCCAGCUGCAUGUCCCUGGCCAAGGUGCCUCGGCCCACCAAGCCACACAAGCCCCCUGGAAGUAUAGGCCUUUGUGGCGGGGGACGCGAGGCUGCUGGGAGGCCCCACCACACAGACAGGCGCCGGGAGGUGUCCCCUGCCCCCGUGGUUGCUGGCCAGAGCAAGGGCUACCGGCCGAAGCUGUACUCCUCCGGCUCCAGCACCCCGACGGGCCUGGCCGGGGGCAGCCGAGACCCGCCGAGGCAGUCCAGUGACAUGGGCUCGAGGGCCGGCUACCCCGCUCAGGUUUACAAAACCACCAGCGGGGACACUCCUCGGCCCUCCCAGCUGGCCCAGUCCAGCCCCUUCCAGCUCUCCGCCUCCGUCCCCAAGUCCUUCUUCUCCAAGCAGCCUGUGCGGAACAAGCACCCGACAGGGUGGAAGAGGACAGAGGAGCCCCCCCCACGGCCGCUCCCCUUCACUGACCCUAAGAAGCAGGUGGACACCAACACGAAGAACGUCUUCGGGCAGCCGCGGUUGAGGGCAUCCCUCCGAGACCUGCGGUCGCCACGGAAGAACUACAAGUCCACCAUCGAGGACGACCUGAAGAAGCUGAUCAUCAUGGACAACCUGGGCCCAGAGCAGGAGAGAGACGCGGGGUCGCCGCAGAAGAGCCUGCAGCGGACGCUGUCGGACGAGAGCCUGUGCAGCGGGCGGCGGGAGCCCAGCUUCGCCAGCGCCGCGGGCCCCGAGCCCGGGCUGCCCAGCGACGUGCUCUUCUCCAGCACGUGCGCCUUCCCCUCCAGCACGCUGCCCGCCCGCCGCCAGCACCCGCACCCGCCCGCCGGCCCCGGCGCCGCCCCCGCCACCGGCAACGGCUUCCCGGAGAAGAAAUCCGCCAUCUCGGCCUCUGAGCUCUCCCUGGCGGACGGGCGGGACCGGCCCCUGCGGCGCCUCGACCCUGGGAUGAUGCCACUGCCCGACACGGCCGCCGGCCUCGAGUGGUCCAGCCUGGUCAACGCAGCCAAGGCCUACGAAGUGCAAAGAGCCGUCUCGCUCUUCUCUCUGAACGACCCGGCGCUGAGCCCGGACCUCCCCCCUGCGCACAGCCCCGUCCACAGCCACCUGAGCCUGGAGAGGGGGCCCCCGACCCCCAGGACCACCCCAACCAUGAGCGAGGAGCCCCCGCUGGACCUGACCGGCAAGGUGUACCAGCUGGAGGUGAUGCUGAAACAGCUGCACACGGACCUGCAGAAGGAGAAGCAGGACAAGGUGGUGCUGCAGUCGGAAGUCGCCAGCCUGCGGCAGAACAACCAGCGGCUGCAGGAGGAGUCGCAGGCCGCCAGCGAGCAGCUGCGCAAGUUCGCCGAGAUCUUCUGCAGGGAGAAGAAGGAACUCUGAGGCAGAGAGGCCACCGCUGGGCCACGCUCCGCCCCAGGCGCUGGCUCCUUCCCUGCAGGACAGAGAAAGGAAGACGCAGCAUCCAGCCGGCGACGCUGAGAGAGGAACUCUACUCGUACAAUCAGGACGGUUUAGACGAUCUUUUUCUAUCAGCUCCUCCUCCGCCAGAGGCCACAGCGCAGGCCCCACCUCCGAGCGGCCACCGGGCCGCCCUGUCCUCCCAGCGCGUCCCUGCACCAGCAGCCACGCCACCUCCAGGCUCCGGAAGGGCUCACGGCGCCCUCAGGACAGGGCUGGAGAGAAACAGCCUUCAUCUCCUCCUCUGGUUGUUUUCCUCCCUGAGUGUCCGGGCCUGCCAGGCGCCCACCAGACACCCCACUGUGCUCCCCUGGGCGCCAACGCGGGUCCCAGCGACGCUGGUUCUCUCAAGGCAAUAAGGGCCGCCCGCAGGCCGCGAGCCCACGUGGUACUACGCUGUUCACCCAGGAAACAGUUCGUUUUUUUCCUUCUUUGAAAACAAGCAAAUAUAUAUAUAUAUAUUUAUUUUUUCAUGUAGAGUUGCGCCAGAACAAGUCUGUACGGCCACAGUCUGUGGAUCCCCCGGCCCCAAGCUGAGGACCAAGGCGUGUCCCCCGUGGGCUGGGGGUCGGAGAGAGGACUCAGAGGGACGCAGCCAGGGUGGGCGGGCAGGCGGCUUCCCUUUCGGGAGGCAGCAGGCAGGGAGGAGUUGGCAGAGCCGGCCUGGCUCCCAGCGACACGCUCCGGGCCCUGCGCCAGCGCCAGGCAGCCCAGCCUCGCCCAGGGACCCGCCGCCGCCUUCUCUCUGGGGCCAGGAGCCUCAGGGAAGGGGGCUCUGGGGACUGCGGGCACUGACUCCGGGAGGUGCCGGCCGGAUGGAUGGGGGCGUGAGAAGAGGGUACUGUCGCAUCUCCUGUGAUCAGCCUGCGUCCCGCCCACGGCCCCGCAGCGGAGCAGAAACCUCAGCUCGCUCCUCGCCCCCGCCGUGUGAGGUGGGCGCGGGGCGGGCGCUCAGCCACUGUCCCCAGCCCUGGCCAACUACUGUGAUGUCUCUCCUUCCCCGACCCCCUUUCCUGGGGGGCUCUCCCCGCCCCCGCUCCCCUCCUCAGACCCCAUCCUGGAGCCUUUUUUUUUUUUUUUGUCUCCUCAUCUUCAGAUCAUUCGAAUCAUUUUGGGGACCUAAUCAUGUACAUUGACAAGUGUAAGUUAUGAUUUUUGGUUUUGUUUUCUGUUAAAGGACUUCUGCAAAACAAAUCUAUUUAAUUUGAGGUUGGUGAUCUAUCCAGUGGCUGAAGAUAGGUUUUUUUUUUCAUAUGUUGAUUUGUUCAUUCAGAUUUUUUAUUAUUCUUUAUUGUCUUUUUUUUUUUUUCCCUGUCCCCGACUUGACGUUUUCCGGCAUGUUUCUGGAGGUUUCAAAGGAAAUAAAUGUUUCAUAGAAAUG